AUGCAAUCCCAAACCACCGCCCAGGCUCGCAUCGCAUCACAAAACCCUCGGCGAGUCCAGAGAAAACUGAAUACUCGUGCUGCUGGACUAGGUCAAAGCCUCAAUGCGCCGAGCAAUACGAGAAAAGCCAUGCCAGAGCUUCCAAGGUUCGCCAGAGACCCGAAACUGCCGCAAGUAGGACAACCCCAAGUGCCGUUGCCGCAGUCGCAUGAUAACCCGCAAGACUUGUGGGAUAAAAUCGGGGAGGUCUCUGCCAAACUCGACAUAUAUUCGAAUCAAAUGAGCCAAGCUCUAGCACAGUAUCUUGGAUAUAGAACACAAACGGUGGAGCAAGGAUUCGAUCGUCAGAACAAUGAGCUGGGGGGCUGGGUUAUGAGAUUGAAGGAGAUCUUCGAGCAGGAGGACAUGGCGCAUGACCAAGAAGGCUUCAUGGACCCGGCGCUGUUGAACGAGGACACUUUUGAACAAGCCUAG